UUCUCUAUCUAUAGAUGCAGGGUGAGAGACAGAAAGCAAGGGGUUAGAUUCAGUGGUAGAAGAUAGAAAAGCAUAGGAAGAAGGCAAGAAAACUGAAAAAAAAUCAGUGGAACACAUAAAGAGACACAUAUGUGCGCUCAGUAUAAUAAUACGUGAAAGAGAGAUCGGAGGGCACAGAAGUUGGGAAAAAUGGAAAGGAACAUAAGGCUUUUGAGUAAAUUUUAAAAUCUCAACAACCAACGGGAAGUACGUGUUUAGUAUACAGAACUCCUAAUUUAUUCUGACACAGACAACGAAAGAGAAAAACACUAAUUGGACUAUAGAGCUGCCGAAUAUAAAACAACACCUUUGUAGAUGGAGGAGUCUGAGAGCUCUCGAUUCAGAAAGCUCCCUGUGGGUUUGUGGAUCAACUCCCCUCGCAAACACUUUGCCAAGCUGGGUGCCCGGUGGCCUAGUGCGUCCUCUGUCAAAUCCACUACCAGUUCAGAUGCCCACUCUAUUCACGAGAUCCCUUCGGGCCCUUCAGCUCCUUCCACGUCCCUGUGUAUCUCCACGCCCUCCCUUGCUCCUCCCUCGCCUUCUCCAUCCCCUGCUUUCCUUCGGCCACGCCCCGCUCAACCCCAGUCCCGAGCAAAGCGUCUGUCUCACCUUUUCCUGAGGGGUCGAUCCAACAGCGACCGGGACCGAGCGAUUGGAGAUAGAGAGAGGGAGGUGUGGGCUCACUCCGCGACACCCUCUUCACACCACUACCUCCCUCCCGCCUCCUCAUCGGCACCGGGGCUCAUCAAGCUCUACGGCGAUGCCCUCUCCAGUGGUGCCAACUACAGGAGCCUCCUGGCUAAUGUCCACUCCACAGCCAAGCAGCUCAUUUCCCAGGUUAUCACCCGCUACAUUGAGAGAGAGAAGGAGGGAGAAGGGGAGGAUGGAGCUCUCCACAAACCUAGCCCUGCGGACUUUCUUCUGUGUGAUGUCAUCGGGAGGCCCGUUCAGCAGCCAGACGGGGCUGUUCAGUGGCACACAGAGUGCAGGAGGACUGUGGCCUCCUGGGAAUGCCCCCUGCUCCUGAUCGACAUGUGGAGGCCGAAGGAUGGAUUUGAGCGGCGCUUCGAAAUUCAGAAAAGGGAGGACUAUGAGAGAGAGGAGCGGGAGAAGGAGCAAGACAGAGACGGGGACAGCUAUGCAGGUGUGCGAUGGAGACGAAGCCGCAUGGCUUCGGGGGGCGUGCCAGAGGACAGUGAACGUGGCCACAGGGGCAGGAACACUGAGCUCAGAAGAAGCAUCAGUGACAUGAACCUAAGUCUGAGGCGUCGCCAGGGAAACCAUGCCAGCAACGACUCUCGCCACAUGGGCAGUGUCCCCGGUAAUGGUGCUGGUCUCCAAGACAGGAAGAACAUUGUAAGCAUGAUAGCAACAGAUUCUGCAGAGGUGCCGGGGUCAAAGGCUGGAGCAGAAGGCAACACGCAGCUCCAGGAGCAGAAGAAUGCCGUUAGCUGUGACCUGGAAGUGAUGUCCCAGAGCCUGAUCCUUCCACCCACGGACUGCCCCUACUUUUUGUUGCUGCAGGGAUAUGACCAGAGCAAGGACUUUGUGCUGUACAUCAUGUCUGGCCAUAUGCACGUCUUUGGGAGAAAGCCAACCUUCCGGGAGAGAGAGAAGGACAGGGAGCGGGAGAGAAAGGGGACGAAACCCUUGAAGGUAGAUACCUUCCUCACGGCCCCCGACCUUCUCUCUCGUCACCUGCUGGUCCGCCGAGAUUCCGCUCUCCCUGGUCAGCCUGACAAAAAAGCUCUGGUGCGCCCCUUCAGAGGUGGGGCUGUUACACACAAUGGGAUGGCCCUAUACAGGGAGGCGGAGCUCAAGUCAGGAGACCUUCUUGGAUUGGGGAGCCACUUCCUUUUCCUAUAUCGGGACCCACGCAUAGUUCCAGCUCCCCCACUCGCCCUUCCCCUGCCCUGGCAACCCGACUCCUCGUCUUCCGGUUCUGGAAGCCUGGCAGACAAACAGGAAGGCCUACGACAAUAUCUGGGAUCCACUGAGGCUCUGCUCAGGUUUCAUCCCAAACAUGCCGAUGCCUUGUUGCAGGAAAUAAUCUCAAAGAAUUCACUGCCCGACUCAGGGUGCGGGGCCCUUGCUCCAGCAUAUCUCCUGUCGGUUAUGAUUGAUUACGCAUCCAAGCACUUGGAUCCUGCCCUAAUGCCACAACUGCUCCUGAAAGCAGCCAGUCAAAUCAAAGGGAUUGUGUGGGAUAAAGUAAAAGAGUUUGGGGAUCAGCACGAUUCCCAAAAUUCCACAGAACAAGAAGCUGAUGCAAAUAUCGAAAAUAUAGAGAAAGUGUCUUCUGACCUCCGACCUUUGAUGUUCUGGAUGUCCAACGCUACGGAGCUUCUCAACUUUUUCCAGGUCAAAGUUGAGGCAAUGGAGAAAGAAUGGGAAUUUGAAGACCCCGGUGACCCGGUGUUGUCAGCUGACCUGGACAGCUGCUCAGAGGCCCUGUCUCAGCUUGAUGAUGUUAUUAUGCACACCUUCCAGCACUGCGUGUAUCAUCUGACCAAGACCCUGUACUCCUUCCUGCCGGCGCUCUUGGACACCAACCCGUUCUCCAGUGACGAGAAGGACAAAGACAAGGAAGGACUCGGGGAGCAGGGCGAGGGAGAAGGGACCGGAGAAUCUCCAGAGGAUGAUGUGUCUGCUCUCCCUCCCACUGUGGCGGGGCUGGUGGAGGUGUACCGGCGCUCGCUCCUACUCACCCGGGAAGCCUGCCUUUCCCCUCCACUCACAUCUCAGACCUUCGGCUACCUGUUCUUUUUCACCAACACCUCCUUGCUCAACACCCUGCUGGAGAGAGACAGCCUGUUUUCCUGGUCACGAGCAGUUCAGAUCCGGACAAAUCUGGACCUCGUUUUAGACUGGUUGCAGGGAGUGGGCCUGGGUGACGUCGCUUCCGAAUUCCUGAAGAAGCUGUCCAUGACGGUCAACUUCCUGUGCAUCCCAAAGACUCGUCUCAUCCAGUCCUCAUGGUCCAGCCUACAAGAGGACCACCCUUUACUAAGUUCUGCUCAGCUUCAUCAUCUGCUGAUGCACUAUAAAUUAGGGCCUGCUAGAGCACCGCCCGCCUUGUGGACCCCACCACCUGGAACAGAACUUGGUGGAGAUAUUUUUGAGAGCUUCUUGGACCACCCUCCUCUAAUUUUGCCAAAUGAGACCCCUCGACUCGAUGUGACCCAGCCGAUUCCAAGUCCUGAACUGCAACAGGAAAUAACCCGGCUGCGCAGCUUCUUGUGGGGACUUGACCAAGAUGAACUUCCAGCCAACCAGAGGACAAGGCUUUGAGACGGAAAGAAACUUAACGCACGGACUCCGUGACGUGACCCUUCAGAGUGAUAGCAGAGCUGAAAAUACUCAUUCGUGCCAGAUGUACAUUUUUCUCACUAGUUCUACCAGUAAAUAAUGAUGUGGGUCUCGACAGACCAGUUUUGAGCUACAGAAAAAGGAGUAUUUGGUUAGCCUGUGAGUGAUACAUAAAGCUCUUUUACAUACCUAAACACACACAUUGUCUGAAUUGCUUGUCCCAUAUGGGGUCGUGGGGAGCCGGAGCCUAACCU